AUGAGCAAUGUGGCUGGGGAAUUGAAGAAUAGUGAGGGGAAAAAGAAAGGCAGGGGAAAUAGGUAUCAUAACAAGAACAGAGGAAAAAGUAAGAAUGAGACGGUAGAUCCUAAAAAGAAUGAGAAUAAGGUUAAUAAUGCUACUAAUGCUACCCACAACAAUAGCAAAGGCAGAAGGAAUAACAAGAAAAGGAACAGAGAGUAUUAUAACUAUAAAAGAAAGGCUAGAUUGGGUAAAUCAACCGAGAAUGAAGGAUUUAAGCUUGUUAUUAGAUUGCUACCUCCAAAUUUGACUGCAGAUGAAUUUUUUGCCAUCUUACGAGAUAAUAAUAACGAUGAUGGUGAUAAGCAAGAUAUCCAGGGUAAACUCAAGUACAGUGACUGGUGUUUUUUUGAAGGUCAUUAUUCUAGUAAAGUAUUCAAAAACUCGACAUAUUCUCGGUGCAAUUUCUUGUUCGACAACUUAUCAGACUUGGAAAAAUGCGCAAAUUUCAUUAAAACUUGUAAAUUCAUUGAUAAUAAGGAUAAUAUUACAAUUCCAGAUAUGAAACUGUCGCCCUACGUAAAGAAAUUCACUCAAACAUCAAAAAAGGAUGCCGCGCUAGUAGGAACAAUUGAAGAAGACGAAAUUUUUAAAACAUUUAUGAAUUCAAUGAAACAGCUGAAUGAAAAUGACGAGUACUCAUUCCAAGAUUUUAGCGUAUUGAAAUCUUUAGAAAAAGAAUUCUCAAAAAGCAUAGAGUUAGAAAAUAAAAUAGCAGAAAGAACAGAAAGGGUGUUAACAGAGCUGGUUGGAACUGGUGAUAAGGUCAAGAAUAAGAACAAAAAGAAGAAAAAUAAAAACGCCAAAAAGAAAUUCAAAGAAGAGGAAGCAUCCGCUAAGAUACCAAAGAAAAAACGGAACAGAGGCAAGAAGAAGCGUGAAAAUCGUGAAAAAAGCACCAUUUCUAAGACCAAGAACAGUAAUGUGGUUAUUAUUGAGGAAGCGGGUAAAGAGGUUUUGAAACAAAGGAAGAAGAAAAUGCUUUUGCAAGAGAAGUUAAAAAUAUCAAACUCCUCUCAGCCUCAGUCAUCAUCCGCUCAAACCCAGCCGUCGUUCCAACCUAAAGAAAACCUUUUCGUACCACGGGUAAAAAUUUUGCAUCGUGAUGAUACCAAGAAGUAG